UGGUUAUAAUUUUAAUGGAUACUAUAUGAAUUCUCCCACUUUUUUCUUACUUUUACUUACUUGUAGUUGUCGGUUGACUUGCCAGUGAAUCACAAGUCAAAUAGUUGUAUACGUUUCAUAGAUAAAUACGUUUUUAUCUUUUUAACUGACAAGUGACAACAGUCUCGUAUGAUAUUGAAAAAAAAAAAUAGAAAGACAACUCUAUAGCUAGAAAUGAAAAAAUAUAGUAUUUUUUUCUCAAGUAUAUUACUUUUGAAUUUUUGUUUCCUUCGAAUGUGCUUAGGCUCAUCCGAUGAGAAUGAAACGACAAAAAAACGGGUAUCUCUAAAAACCGAACCGGAUUUCAAUGUACGACACCUGAACAAACCUUUUAAAAUAAAUAAGUUAAAUUUAGUAUGGAGCAAAGCGAAACAGAAAUGUACCGAACCAGAGUUAAGGUCUUUACUGUCGGAGUUGCGCAUACAAGAUGAAGACGAACGAGAACUCAAGGUGUACAAGACUAAAAACAUGGACAAAGAUGGAGAAAUGGAAUCUAUCGUAAGAAAAAAACUUUUAGGUAUACUAGAAAGGUACAAAUUAAGCUAUCAUUUUGAAGAUGGUGAUGAACCAAAAAAUAACAAAUCAGAUUUUGAUAUACAGGAUCGUGUUCCUGGAGAUUCCUCGAUAGUAGUCGAUAAGUACUUGUUACACGACAAACGUUUGAAUAAACUCUGGGCUCAAGCUAAGCAAUCUGGAUUUACAAGUAUUGAGUUAAUAGCUUUAAAAGAAGAGUUUUUGGAACACCAAAAAAAGAUUGAUGAAUAUUAUUCCUUAAUGAAUGAAGUUGAACAUAUGCAAAACGAUAUACCAAUUGCACUAUCAAAAAAAGGACUGAAUGAUGAUCAUAAUUCUUUGUAUGAGACUGAUAACUUUGUGAAGUUUAAUCACAGACAAAGAGAGUUAGAGAAUCGCAUACAAGAUAUUAAAGAUAGUUUUGAUCGGCUUCAUCGGCUUUCACUCACCGGUCCUAAUAGUGAAGAAUUCGUUGAACCUAAAGUACAGGAGGUUUGGCUUAAGGCUCAGGCAUCUGGUUUUGGUCAAGACGAACUUCAAUUGCUUCAUGACGAAUUAAAAGAGUACGAACGGCGUUUAUUAAAACUACGACAUUUGAACGUGGACUUAGCAGCAGGCAACAAAGACAAUCAUCAAGAUGAUCUCGAUAAAAAAAUCAAAAAAGAAUCUAGAACCGUACAGAAACUACACAAAGCAAUCGAUGAUAAAAUUAACAAGAGGAGAGAAGAACUUUAGACUAAUGGGCGUAUAUUUUGUGAUAUAUUAAACAUAGCAUUUACAAAAAUAAGGUAUUAACUGGUAUUUAUUAUUUGUAUUUAUUUGUUUAUUUAGUUAUACACUAAUAGCAACUAUAAGAAAUAUAUUUAUUUUAUGUUA